UUCUAUUUAGAAACCACAACAUGUUAUUAGAAUAAAGUGCCUCUAUCUUUGAAAACUGUUCACAAUUAUUGUAUUGAUUUGUAUGAUUGUAGCAUUGACAGAAUCACAGAAUUGGACGGGCAACACAGAAUCUUAUAAAGUAUGGAAGGCAGAAACAUGUAGAAAAUGUAUUGCCCAGUAUCGAUGGUAUUGCGAUCGGUGGAGAAUUGUCACAUGUAAUAGACAUGUGACUAAAUUAAGGUGUACAACAGGCUGGACUCACAAUGGAGACUACAACUGUAGCAUCC